AUGUCUCCCUCAGCACCCAUCACCAAGCUUCCAGCAGAGCUCCUUCAAGCCAUCGCUGACAACCUUGAUAUUGAAGAGUACAUGGUCCUGAGAAGAUCUUAUCCUCAGGUCUGGCAAUCUCUCAAACCUCCCGCCCUUUCCAAUCUCCUGAAACUCGAAUUCUCCGCCUUCGCUAUUGAGCACAAAGUCUUAGCCUGCCACAUUUGCUGCCGACUGCGUCCGCUCUGCAAGUUCGCCGAUGAUAUUGUACACCGAGGCAUGCUCAAGCGUAGCAGACCUGAGAGGUUUUGCAUUGACUGUGGGAUCGACAGCGGAUUUGAGGGUUAUGGGAGUGAUGAUUGGGUAGCUACCCUAGAUGGCGAGAUGCAUGCAAGAUGUCCAUUGUGUAGAGAUGUGGGAAGCGUGGGCAGACAUUACUCGCCUUCCACCAGAUGCGAGCUCACAGGAAGUAGCUUUGGCGAGUUGGUAGAUGAAGUUGCCUAUGCACUUCAGUCUAUGAGUCUCCUCAACACUCGCUACUUCGAUGGAGACCCCCCACUAACACGGUGGUUGUGGACUAUAUCCGACGACGCCCGCAUCCAAUUCCAGCACACCUUAAUGAAGGCCGUCUUUGGGGAACAAGCCGCUGCUAGCUUUGGACCUGCUUUGGAGCCUCCAUAUGUCCUGCCAGAUGACGAGCUCAUGACUGAGUUUGAUACCCAGAUGGAGACGGCAGAUGUCAGGGACUGGCUCAAGAAUGAGGGGUGGUGA